ACUUAUCUCACUGUCAAAACUAAUCUAGAAACAGUGAAUCCUAUUCUAACGGUAUAUUUCGCGGAACACCACACGAACUCAUCCUAUAGGAAAUAUGACUUCUUCAAACUCCGACCAGCGGCUGGACCACCUUCUGAGCGUGGUGGAGAGCGAGUUUCAGAAGGGGAGCGAGAAAGGAGACGCCUCGGAGAGGGAUAUUAAACUGGGACUAGAAGACGCAGAAUUYUGGACCAAGUUUAAAGAACUAACCAACGAAAUGAUCGUCACCAAGACUGGCAGGCGGAUGUUUCCAGUGCUCAGAGCGAAUGUGAGCGGCUUGGACCCCAACGCCAUGUACUCAGUCCUAUUGGACUUCGUGGCUGCAGACAACAACCGGUGGAAGUACGUGAAUGGCGAGUGGGUUCCCGGUGGCAAGCCCGAGCCACAGAGCCCUAGCUGCGUCUACAUCCACCCAGACUCGCCUAACUUCGGAGCACACUGGAUGAAAGCGCCUGUCUCAUUCAGCAAAGUCAAACUGUCCAAUAAACUCAACGGGGGAGGACAGAUCAUGCUGAACUCUCUGCARAAGUAUGAGCCCAGGAUACACAUAGUGAAGGUUGGAGGGCUCCAGAAGAUGAUCAGCAGCCAGUCUUUCCCCGAGACCCAGUUCAUCGCUGUCACUGCUUACCAGAACGAAGAGAUAACUGCGUUGAAGAUCAAACACAAUCCAUUCGCUAAAGCUUUCCUCGACGCCAAAGAGAGGAGCGACCAUAAAGACAUGCCAGACCAUGGUGGAGACAGUCAACAGUCUGGUUAUUCCCAACUUGGUGGUUGGUUCCUACCUGGUAACGGCCCUAUGUGCUCCAGCAGCAGCCCCCCUCCGUUCAGCGGGGCCCCUGGCCCCUCCUCAGGGUCUUAUUGUGAGAGGUACUCCAGCCUGAGGGGCCACAGGGCAGCCCCCUACCCCAGCCACUACCCACACCGCUCCUCCAGCUCAAACAACUACAUGGACAACUCGUCGGGAGCCCUGCCCACCCAUGACAGCUGGUCAGCCCUUCAGAUCCCUAACUCCACUGGGAUGGGAACCCUGGCCCAUACCAGCAACUCCACAUCCAACUCCAGCCAGUAUCCUAGCCUGUGGUCUGUUGCCGGGACGACCCUAACUCCUUCUGGCUCCUCCUCUGGUUCCAUCUCUGGCGGCCUGACCAGCCAGUUCCUGCGAGGCUCCUCCUACACUGGCCUGACCUCCUCCCUGCCCGUUUCCUCACCAUCCUCCAUGUACGACCCCAGCCUUAGUGAGGUGGGUGUAGGCGUGGGCGAGGCCCAGUUCGAAAGCUCCAUCGCCAGGCUCACCGCCUCCUGGGCACCUGUGGCUCAGAGCUACUGAGCACAAUGCAUCUUCCAUCAGACAUGGACUCUCCUCAAGCACCAUCCUGCUCCACAUCACCUCCCUCUCCUCUACUGCCUGACGAUCACCUAGGAAACCUUUGGGUUGAGGCAUUACAUGUGGACGCCUGUGAAAGGCAGAGAGUCAACUCAGAAGAAGAUCUAUCUGAAGCAGAGAGAUGUAGGGUCCUCUCAGGCCUUGUGUUUUACCAACAUGAAAUGGUUGGUUUUUCCAUUCCAAAGACCCUAGAUUUUCUAAGCCAAAGUCCAUAGGUUGCCAUUCUUAAGUUACACACUUGCUGUCUUAGUGGAAGAGGCAUGUGUUUUUCCAUUGGGAGUUUCCUUGGCUUUCUCCAAGGUGCAGUUACAAGCCAAAGACAAUCUGACAAUACUUCCUCCGCAAUCGUUCCAGUUGCUGGUGUGUUACUGUAGUUGUGUCCUUCAGUACAGACACAGGACUCAAAGACAAUCGUACACUGGCGUAAGACAAUCAGGAUCACUAGCUCCUCAAAGCUAAAUUUAUGAAGUAACCCCCACAACUUUACUAAAGGGGCCAAUCCUUACAGUGGCUUGCAAAAGUAUUCACCCCGCUUGGCAUUUUUCCUAUUUUGUUGCCUUACAACCUGGAAUU